AUGUCUGCCAUUCUGUACAACCUUCCCGGCAGUCCAGUCUGCGGCUUCGUGCACUCGCUCGCCAAGCACCUGGGCGUCGAGCUUACGCUCAAAGACGUGGGCUUUGCGAAGAAGGAGCACCUCAGCGUGGAAUACCUGAAGAUCAACCCAUUCCACAAGGCGCCCGCCCUCAACGACGCCGGCUUCAUUAUCUAUGAAAGCAAUGCCAUUGCGUACUACCUCCUGCGCAAGUAUGCCCCCGAGUCUGAUCUCUACCCUGAGUGCUACAAGGAGCGCGCACGCAUCGACCAGUGUCUUGCCGCUGUUGCCAGCACUGUCCAGCCGCGUCAGCUGCUGUUCUUUCGCGCGACCUUCUGGGAGAACAAGAAGCCAACGGAUGAAGAGGUCGCUGCCUUCGAGGAAAACGUUGUCACAGGUUACCAGCAUCUCGUCACAGACAAGUUCGCCACUGGAGAGCUCACUCUCGCUGACCUUUGCCUGGUUGCCAACCUGACUUUCACCCUCGAAAACGGCUCCGUCGACAAAUCCAAGUUCCCGAAGCUUGUCGCCUACUACGAGCGUGUGAAGUCCGAGCUUCCUUACUUCGAAGAAAUCUAAAGGCUCCUAAGUGACAUUAAGCAGCGCUGGAGCGAGCUUAAAUGA